CGUCCCCCCCCCCCACCACUUGCUGUCUCAUGCAUCCGCCAGUUCAUGACUGGACGCAAGCCCUCCGCUGCCACUUUCCAAGGCAUGCAUUGAUCCUCUCGCAACGACAGGUCCCUGGGUGAAACCGCCCGGUAGCUCCGUGUCCGGGAUGCCGCCGAAGCUGGUCUCUGGCUCUGCGCCGCGCGCUCUUCGAUGUCGACUUAUCCAGCCUCCCUCUCCGAUCACGCCCCCCGUCUCUCGCGAACAAUACUUCGUCUCCCCUUCUCCGCGGACCCUUGCUCAGCCGCGACCCGAUAUUCUCCACGGACCGCAGUUGACCCCCGUGUCGCCGACGCUCUUCUCGCAAACCGGUUUCCGACCGUCCACCUCGGAUCCCUGGGAUGGGGCCCCGAAACACGACCAUGAACCGCCCGAUGAGCGUGUCUUGAAGCUCGGGAAGACGCUCCGGAUCCUCUCGCCUCUCCUCCCCACCCUCCUCAUCAACCCGCUGCCUCCGACGAUCCUCUCCCCGAGCAUAGCGCUCCACCUCUUCCCUUCGACGCACCCACACCUCCCCACGGUCAGAGGCCGGACGCUGUACCGAGCCGCGCUCUGGACCGUCCCGGUAGCAUGGAGCAGCCUUCCCCUGCUGGGCAAUGUCAAGCUCCAGAUCCUAAGUGAGCGCAUCGUCCGGGCAGGGACGGUUCUCGAGCCGGAGCGCCCGGACAGCGACCACGAUACCAGCGACGAGCGCCUUGUAGUGCGGUGGAGGACCGAACCGCGGGGAGAGACCACUCACAGCCCCAGUACUACCUUCACCACUGCCGCCCCUACCUUACCCACAGAUACUCAAUCUCCCUCCAACAGCCGCGGCAGUCACCUCUCGUCCUCGAAAACCGGAAUCAACAAGGGCCUCAGCGUGCUGCUGGGCGGAGACGCCCCGAUCUUCAAGUUGUCCAAGGAAGAGCAAUUCACGGGGCUGUUCAUCUUCUCCUUCGACGAGGAAGGUCGCAUUGCAUCCCACACCAUUGAGCACGCCGAUGAUGCGCGCGGAUGGAACCGGACGCCCAAGUUUGUCACCCUGACCGACUGGUUAAUCGGGAAGGCAAGAGAGUCAUUGGACCCCGCGGCUGAGCCUGGUCUCGCCAUGCAAGGCUGUGAGGGACAUGAAUUCACGGAUCGGGAUCGAUAUCAUCCUCACCGUCGCUCAUAGUUGCGGCAACAACAUUCUCCUUCCUAUAUUACCGAUCAAUUCAUACCCGAAUUCUCCCCGACUUCAAAUUUCCAUCUUUGCCAGCAAGAACAGGGAACACAACCCAUAUAGAGGACUUCACGGGCGGUGCGGGUUGGGGAAAUUGAAAAAGGAUCACCCUCUCUUUUAUCUCAGGAAUUACUUUCUGGUGCUAUGUACGGCGGCUAUCUGCUUGUGAGCUUGUUUGUUGAGUCCUAGAGGUCAAUUGACCAGCUCCUCUCUUGUGUCCUGUGCACUCACCCACUCCUCUCAGAUGUGUACACUAUACCCAGUAAUGAAUAAUGUCACUGUUACAGUAUAGGAACUACACCUAGUACUCCCAUACUACAUCAUAUCUAGCUUGGCAU